AUGUCAACACAACCAACAAGUAGCAGCAAACUUUCAUUCGUGUUUGCACUGGCUUGUAUUUUUGCGACCAUUCUCCUUUUAGAAUGCCCUUUCACACUUGCCAGUAUCAAACUCUCGGGUGGCACACAAGCAUCCGAGUCUGAAUUCGCAGGAAUUGUGAGUAUUCAAUAUCAGAGUGCUGCGGACCAAGCACCUUCCCAUUUCUGUGGUGCAUCCAUUGUGAAUGCUCGAUACAUUAUAACAGCUGCCCAUUGCGUCCAAGGUGUUGACAUUUCCAAACUUGUGGUCGUUGCAGGAACAUCCAAUAACAAUUGUUACAAAGACACCUCUGGACGAUGCAUUGUACGAACGGUAUCUCAAGUAGUGCCUCAUCCCAACUUUGAUGUCUACUCCAUCACCAACGACAUUGCUCUCGUUCAAUUAUCCCAAGACCUUCCUCUCGUGACCAUGUCUUCCAAAGUGAAAUCCUUCAAAUUAGAAUCAGGAGUUGUACCUUUUGGAGCUCAACUUCAAAUUGCUGGUUGGGGAGCAACUCAAAACCAAGGCAGUAGUGUCAACAAUUUACAAAAGGGUCAAAUUCCACUCCAGACCACCUCUGUUUGCUCUCAGAAACAAUUGACCAUUUCUGGACCUGCUCAAAUGUGCAUUGGAGCUGGAGGUUCUGCUCAAGGUAUUGAUAUUUGUAGUGGUGACGCUGGAAGUCCUGCAUUCUAUUUGAACAGCAGGGAUUCCAAUGCGCCAGUGUUGGUCGGAAUUGUUUCCUAUGGUCCAGCAGGAUGUGGUGGAAAUAAUGUCGGUGUCUAUGCAAACGUCACUAAUUAUUUACCAUGGAUCAGAAGUGUCACAAGUGACGUCUUUUUGAGCUCGUACACAAGCGGUAGUACUCCAAUACCUACGCCAGCACCAUCACCAAGACCAAACAUCAAUACAGAUCAAUGUACCUGUUAA